AUGGUCCUUCAAGACUACAGAAUUAAGCCCACGGAGCUGAUCACAUGUCACUUGGCCCUCAUUCACAUUGUGAUGCUGCUCAUUGUAUUAGGUUUUUGGUCUCCAAACAUGUUUGAGUCACUGAAUUUACAGAAUGACUUCAAAUGCAAGGCAUUGUUUUACCUGCACAGGGUGAUGAGGGGCCUCUCCAUCUGUAUCACCUGCUACCUGAGUGUGCUACAGGCCACCAUCAUCAGCCCAAACACUGACUGGGUGGUUAAAACCAAACACGCACUUACAAAUUACAUCAUGUAUAUUUUCUUGUUUUUCUGGUUCCUCAAUUUGUCUUUCAGUAGUAAUGUCAUUUUGUUCACUCUAGCUUAUUCCAACACAAGCCAGACAAAACCACUUGUGAUCAGUGAAUACUGUUCGAUAUCUCCAAGUACCCCCAUCAGGAGGGGUCUGUUUUCUUUCUUGACAUUUUCCAGGGAUGUCUUCUUUGUGGGGGUCAUGAUGUUCUCUAGUGCAUACAUGAUGUUUCUGUUGUUCCGGCAUCAUAGGCGAUCACUGCAUCUCCACAGAAGCAGCUUCUCUGUAAGAUACUCCCCAGAGCAAAGAGCCACCUGGACCAUUCUGGCUCUGCUGAGUGUCUUUGUGGUCAUAUACUGGAUGAACCUUAUCAUUUCCUCCUACUCAACAUUGCUCUGGAGGUAUGAUCCCGUCCUUCUGAGUCUUCAGAAACUUGUACUCAAUGUCUAUGCUACUGUGUGUCCAGUGAUACAAAUGACUUUCCAGAAAAGAAUACACGAUAUUGUAAGAUUCAUGUACUGGAAAUAUUGUUAUUUUAUAACAGAAUAA